AUGUCGCGAGCCAACUUAAGAGCAUUAAGCCCAUUGCGUUCACGAUUUAUGGGCUUUCGAAGGUUUUACUCUAUUAACUCCAAGGACAAUGGAGAUGGCAACAGUGCUGAUCAAACGAAGGAUGAAAAAAAUUCCAAGGAUGAAACCGACAAUAAUAAGGCCCAUCUAGUAGUGCCGAGAGUGCCUCCAACGGAUUACAUCUCAGCACCAGAGAUUCAAACGGAGGGUCUUUUUGCAGGUUAUAGACCAUUAUUUCUGGGAAACUCACCUAUUAAUGACAAGAACGGUUCGACGCCAUUGGAUAAUUUCUUUACGUCAUUUGCGAACUUGAAAGUAGUAGAAGAGUCUGAAGUCGUUGGCGAAGUGAAUGUUCAAGAGGUUAUCGAGGAUUUGAGAAGGGGUAUACCAUCAGGACAGAUGAGUAACAGUAAAGGGAAAAAUAGGAAACCUAUUAUACCUUGGGAUGCUUCAAUUAGUGGAAUGGUAUACAAUGAUGAUCCUUUUAAGCAUGUCCCUAAUAACGUGGUAUCUAAAUUGAAACCAUUUAAAAUGGUAAGAUUGGAGAAAAAAAGUGACAAAAACGUUAAGCAACCUAAUAUGGUUAAGAUGAAAGUGCAUAAUUCUAAAGUUAAUGAUGAACCAGAGCUGAUAAACAUUUUUAAUGUUCAACCGAAUGGAAGAAGGCCGCACCGUCACAUGUGGAAGAGUAGCAGUGAUAAGAAUGAAGGAACUGAUGAUGUAGCGAUGACUAGACAAAAAUACCAUGAGGAGAAAGUCCAAUUUGCCAAUAAACAUAAAUUUUUAAGAAGUGAUCAAAGAGUUAUGAAGCAAGAUAUAGAUAAAUUGAAUCGAUUAUUGGUUAAAGAACUGUACAAAUUGACUAAUUUAACGGUUAAUAUGGAUUUCAGAGAGACUCCGUUGCCACUUUUCAUCUAUGUGGAUAAAUCUAUUGCCGCCAAACAGGUACUGCGCCGCGAGUUAAAGAAAAGAAUCUUAGAUCAUGUACAUCCGGUAUUAUCAAUGACACUUUCUGCGUAUGAAAAUGAAGAACAGAUGAAAAGGUUUCAACUAAGAAUUAAUGCGAGAAUAAGGCAUACGGUACGUGACUUAUCUGAAUAUUUACCCUCAGUAUCUUUUACGCGCUCUUCAGUAGAUUGUGUGAUAAGUAAUAGUCCAAUCCAGAGUUUCAAAAGAAUACAUUGGUUAAAACGUCGUAAAAGACAGAAUGUUUUCAAAGGAAGAAAUGCAGAUUUAGACUAUUGCUUCAAUAUAAAUGGUGCUUUUAACGUGACAAGGAGUGGUGUUAAAUACAUAAGGUAUCCAGUAUAUCUAAACUGUGAAAGCUUUGAUGAGGCCUUUUCGGAAUGGGAUUAUAUUGGAUAA